UCCGGAGGCGGUGCCGCUGCCCGAGCGGAGGCGUGGAGGCUGCUGCAGCCCCAUCUCCAGCCCCGCGAUGAAGGGCGAGUCCCCAUCGUGGCCUCCGGCGGCUUCGCUGCUGGAGGAGGCGGCGGAUCUGCUGGUGUUGCAUCGCGACUUCGCCGGUGCCGUGCGGAGGUGCGAGGCGGGCUGCGAGCGCCUGGGCUGCGGCGCAGAGAGUUCUGCAGAAGUGAAAUGCUCCCUUUGUGUUGUGGGGAUUCAGGCACUAGCUGAGAUGAACCGAUGGAGAGAAGUUCUGUCUUGGGUCCUACAGUAUUACCAGAUCCCCGAGCAUCUGCCUCCAAAAGUUCUGGAGCUGUGUAUCCUGUUAUACAGCAAAGUGGGAGAGCCUCAGGUGAUGCUGGAGGUUGGAAGUAGCUGGCUGAGGGACCAAACCAAUAAAAGCCUCCCCGAGUAUAGUUCAUUGCUGGAGCUGUAUCUGUUGCAUGUGUUGCUCCCGCUUGGACGGUUUGAGGGGGCAGAAGAACUUGUACAGGGCUGUGAUGCUCUUGACAGUGAGCAGCAGCAAGCAUUUCUCAGGACCAUUUGUGAAAGCCGAUGUCAGUGGACUCAGCAGAAAGAGAUGCACUCAGGUGGUGAAGAGCAGCAAGAUGCAGCAGCAGAAACUGUUUUGGGGUCUUUGUCCCAAAAGCUCUUGACCAUGUUGACAUUACUGCGUCGAGCACUGAGGUCCAUGUCAAGCCACUUCUAUGUACUUCCUUACAAAAAGAUGCUCUUGGCUACUUUUCUGCUUUACUUGGUGGUGGUGAGAUUAGACCCAGCUUCUCCCACAUCACUUCCAUUCAUUUACAAACUGGUCCAGCUCUUUCGACAGGCUUGGACAGCUGUAUUUUCUCCAAUGCAUAGGCCUCCAAUUCAAAACUAAGAGUGUUCCGUCACAGAAGAGUUUUUUCUUUACUGCUGUAAAAGUGUCAGCUUGUUUUGAGGAUGUUAUCUGGCUCUGCAGGGACUGUUGAAAUCAGCGUCCUAAUUGAGAUGACAACCUGUGAAUUCCUGUGUGGUGAUAGCUUUGUUUCUUCAGACAGGGGAUGGUGGCGUAUGAAUUUUGAAACCACUCCCAAGUAUUCCUGAUGUUUUUCUUGGUUCUACAGCACCGUUCUGGCUGACACCAGGGUAAAGCCACUCCUUAUGGAAUAAGAAUCCUCCUUUUCAAACACUUUUCUCUGGAUGUAGCUUUGAGGAAGGGUUGGGUAGGUUUCAUCCAUGCAAAUGCUGGGCAGUUCUCUGAACGAGUGAAGUAGUGUUCCUGAAGGCAGGACUGCAAAAGGCAAUUGAGAAAUUAGGGGAAUAUUAUGUUUUGCCUGAGAAAUCUGAAAAGCCUAGUGCCUGCAAUAUGGGAUUUAGGACAAGCAUGUGGAAUUAAAACACUGGAGCUAAUGAAGCCUAUUAUAUUUUGAGGGCCAAGGUGUCUGUUGUAACUGAUACUUCCUUAUAUAGGCGCUCUUGAUUUUAGUAAUUUUUAAGACAGAAAGCCAAGGUGAUGGACUACAAAGACUAUUGUGUUGCAUCUACACUUCUUAAAUGCAAAUGACAGCACUUUAUGCUUGCUUGAUGCAUAGUAAUUCUUAGGAGCAUGUGGUGUAGGAAGGAAAUAGAUUUAUUUUUUUAAACUAUAUUCUAUAUUAUUGUCUAGUUGAACAACUGAAAUUGCUGCAUCAUUUUACUCUUUCUCUACCUCUUACUUUGUGUAUGUAGAUGUCAAAAAGUCUCUGUAUGUCUGCAAUUGUCAUCCCUGUCCCCAGUAUUUAAAUUCCUGAGUGAGCCAUUUAGCAAUGCUCUAUCCUACAGAACGUAAGUUUAUUAAUAAGUAGAAAGAGAUACUUCUCUGUGAUCCCAAAACCUUCUCCAGAUCUGCAGCAAGAAAACUAUUGUCUUUGCAGAAGAUUUGUCAUCAGACAAACCUUAUUUCUGACCACUUAGGGCAGAAAUGGAAGGUUGGAGUAGAACAUUCAUUGCUUCUCCAUCUAUCCAUCUAUCAUUGAUUGAUAAACGGUAAAUUCCGAAGCUGAGAGCAGACCUAUUUAAUAUUGCUUUUACUGGAGCAAACUGUUGUGUGCUGGAGAGGACAAGUUAAAGGCAAGGAACCUCUGUGGCAAACAAGUAGCCCACCAUCCUAGCAUCUAUGCCAAAAGAAUUCAGGCUGGCCUAUGUCAGUCCAGACUCAAAAAAGGUUGAACAAAGCAGCCUUUUUUGUGGGCAAAUUCUAUCCAACACCAAACCUGUGAAAAGUAGCCAAUAUUGAUCCCAGUGUGGUGUCUCACAACAAUUCCUUUGUCUCCAGCAGUAGCCAAACACUGAGGUCUGCAUCUUCACUGCUAAAAGUAGUUCUGUAUCUGUCUGUUUCUUCUUGAAUGGUACCAAUAAAGAAAGACUCCCAAUAUUAAUUUCGGAUAAACUGAGGCAGGUCAUUCAUAAUUGCAGUAGUGACCUUGCCUAUGGGUCUCAGAGUAAAAGCCAAAAUGCUCUCAUAUCUCUCCCCAAAGCUAUUGUCUCUUGCAGGACUUUACACCAGGAUAAUUAGCACAUAAUGCUUUGCCAUAUUAAAAAGGUAUUUCUUAUAUGUCCUGUGCACAUAGUGAAGAGCUGCUCUUGAUACUGCUUGAUGGUUCUGGUAAUCCAACUGUAAGUGUAGUUACAGCUCAGCGGCCAACAGUUGAUGGGAGAGCAGGUAGAAUAAAACACAGAACCUGUCUCUGGAGUUAAGCUCUUCCAAGAAAUCACUAGGUUGUAUUUGCUGGCCCCCUACUUUGUAAGGCCUCACUUUAAGUACUUUGUAAGGCACUUAAUGAGAUAGCAAACUUCACUACUUGGCCAAUUUCUCACCAAAAUGGCUGCUCAGGUAAGCAUUUCUUUUUCUAGUUUUCUAUUAACGUUUUCAGUUAGAUGGCAGAGCUGCAUUUUGGGGGUUGGGACCCGUGGUCUAAACAAGCCAUAUAUUAUGUUGAGAAUGCUGUUAAAUGUCAUAGCUGCUCAUUUACCAGAACUUUUAACGUUCACCUUGCCUUUAAGUGUAGGUUGGCAACCUCCAUUUUUUCUUUGAGUACUACUGAUUUGUAUUUUAGUUUAUUUAUCAUGAGAGGGUAAGAAGACAGAAACAAGCUAUCAAGUUUUAUUUGUAUUUAAUACUAAACCAGGAAUAUUUAAUUUUCACAAUAAAGUGACUACUGAUUUACCUCUUUGUAGAGUUG